AUCUUUAACUGACUUGACAUCGCCAUUUUGGCUCAGUUUCUCCCUCAACUUUUCCUGCCUUGGAGACUUUUAUCGGAGUUGUGAAUUGAGCAGUCAUGGGGGCUUGUAUGGCACUGAGUUCCCUCGCCAGUUGCGUGAGUACAUGCGUUUUGUUGUGUUGUUGACGUAUGAGAAACGCUGUUAAAUAUUUCUCUCAUUUUUGUACAAUUUCAGCUCGUGUGUGUUUUCCGUCGGUCAACAGUAGUCCAUGGUGACGUCAUAAGAUCGAAACUUCAUAAAAUCCGACAUUUUACUUUUUUCCCAUAAACAAGCAUAAUAUAAUUAAACUAUUAGAAGUUACAUGUUUAGAUUUUGCUCAUAAGUCACUUAUAUUAGGUACGGCAUUGCCCUGAGGAAAGCAACGUUUUACGUCUUUCAAUUUAUAGUCUUUUAUUGAAAUGUUUUUUCAAAAAACGCUAAAAAUAAAACUUUAAAACGUGCCAGAAUUGCGCACCUUUGUGAAAGAGCCUAAAGAAUAACUACCUAACAUCGCUAGACUGUUAAUAGAAGACUUUCUUCAGGGGGUCAGUGAAGUGCCAGAUUACCGAGUGGGUCAUUAUCGUCUCUCUGCUGUCUGUUAUCGUUGACGGGAUUAAUUGUACAGUGAUAUUUUAGAGUUACUUCGUUCAAGCAGUUUUAUGGGGUAGAAACAGCACUUUGCCUAAAACUUGUGUUUCUCUGCGCUGUUUUUUAAAACGGCGCAAUUUCCGGGUUUUUACUCUGGGGUUUACGUCACGCCCUCUGGAGCAGGUAGCCAAUCACUGCAAUGCUGCUGCCCUACUUCACCAUCACUAUCAGUCUGAUUCUGAUACAUGUGCAGUGAUUUUACCAUCAAAUUCAGUUUUUAUGAGCAUUUUUUACAGCGUCCAAACUCCUUCAGAAUUUAGGUUGUAAACCACAAGUGAACAUUGUUCAAGUCACUCUGGUUUUCAUGAGUGAGCACACACUCAGGUCAACAAAACUAUAUAGGGGAGAGUGGGGUAAGAUGAGCCAUUUUUCAUAUUUUGGGGGUGGCUCAACUUAACCCACUCUCCCCUACCUGCCUUUCACCACCUCUCGCAUUGAAACAUCAUCGCCAGUAUUAUCAUUCGCUCCAGAUAUCUGCCUCAAAAGCCUGUUCUCUGCUUUACAAUAACAAACCCAGUGACUGAUUAAUGAAUGAAUAAAGGAAUGAAUAAUUCGGUCAGGCUCACGUCACUGGUUCACCUACAUUUAAAGUUUUGCAGCAAAAGGAAUGAAGACUGGUUAGUGUGACACAGGAAUUUAGGUCACAUACCGCGCCUUUUAUUUGGAAGAUCAGCCCGCUGCUUCUUCAACUUCUGAUCAAAAACCUGAUCAAAAACUGGAAAGAAGGUCACUGAUAAUAGCCAUGUUUGUUUCCAUAACACUUUCAGAUACAUGGUAGGGACACAGAACAUAGAGAUGUCAUAAAAAAGAUAUUGAGAAAAAUUAAAACUGUAUUGAAAAAAGCAAUAAAGAAAAAUGAAAAACGUUUAGCACCAGUGGUUGAAAAAAUAUGUUGUGCAGUAAAACAUGAUGAUUUUAUGUUCUGCUUGAAAUCACAAGUUUAGCAGUCACGUCUUGGGAGGAGCUGCAUUAAAGUGAUAUCAGACUUACUUUAAUGGGAGAUAUAUCAUAGAGAUAGAGAAACUGGUGAUGGCAAGCUUAGCCACACAUGUAAAAACCCCAAUAUUAUCAUCAGGUCUCUCCAACAUAUAGAAAUAACCAAUUUGUGACCGCUUAUCUUGACUUUAUCCUGACUUAUCAGGAUUAAGGUUUGUGUAAGAGGUGUUUGUUGUCCAGAUAGUGCCGCCAGUUUGAAGCAUUGAAACUGGAUUCACCCCGUCACAACUGCUGAGCUGUUUACACCCAAGGCUCAUGUACUAUGAAGCAGAUUUAGUGAAGGGUGGCUGAUCUCAGCUGCAGUGUCUGCCUCAACGCUUCACACACACACACACCUCUCAGCGCUGUGCAUCUGAAUCAUGCAGGAAUCCUCUGUGAUCAUGUUCACAACGCUGGAUCAGACACAGACAGGGAGAGAUUUGCGAUGGUGACUGCUCUAAUCACAAGUCUGAUUGCUGCCGCUUUAAAUCAUCAUUAUUCUCCGCAUCUCUAGAGAGAGAUGGUUUCCCUGACAGCAGAUCCAGUGUUGUUUGUUAUGUUUUGUCAUGAGAACCCAUGCAUACACUACCUUGAUUAUCACACACCACAAAGGCCAGCCCUUGACUUUCAUAAAAUAUGAAUCUCAUGAAGGCCUCUGUGAUUCUCUCCCUCAUCUCUGCAGGCGUCCUGUCUGUGCGGCUCGGCUCCCUGCCUCCUGUCAUCAUGCUGCCCGUCAACGUACAACUCCACCAUGAGCCGUCUGGCCUUCUCCUUCCUGCUGCUGCUUGGGACUAUGGUCUCGGUCAUUAUGAUCCUUCCUGGCAUGGAGGAACGUCUUGAAAAGGUACAUCAGAUAAGACAUGAUAGAUCACAUUUAAUGGCCUGCAUGCAGCUCCUGUAUAAGGCUCGGGUAUUGUAUAAGUUUUUUUCAACCUUCAUGACAUUUUUAAACCAAAGAAAAAAUAAUGAUUUUGAUUUGUUUCACAAGGCUGUAACCCAGCAACAGCAAUCGUGUAGAGCAGGAAGGCAGACUCAAGAGGCUUCGACUCUUUGUUAUUUUGGAAAUCACAAUUUCAGUCCCCAUUUGAAAGAGCUCUUUAUUGCAGUCUUUAAGGGUUUAGCAGGAUAUGUACAGUGGAUAUAAAAAGUCUACACACCCCUGUUCAACUGCCAAGUUUUUGUCAUGUAAAAAAAUUACAUCAAGAUAAAUAAUUUCACAACUUUUUCUACCUUUAAUGUGACCUAUAACCUGUACAACACAAUUGAAAAACAAACAGAAAUCUUUCAGGGAGGUGAAGUUAAAAUAAACAACUGAGAUCAUGUGGUUGCAUAAGUGUGCACAGCCUUUAAUAAGUGGGAAUGUGGCUGCGUUCAGAUUUAACCAAUAACAUUCAAACUCGUUAAAUUGGAGUCAGCACACACCUGUCACCAAUUAAAGUGCGUCUGAUCAACCCCAAAUAAAGUUCAGCUGUUCUACAACAAUCUCCUGCUGUCUUCAUGUCUGGGCUAUGGGGUAGGGUGGCAAGAAAUCUUACAAAGAAAAACAUCAAAGCCUGGCUUAAUUUAGCAAAAAGACAUCUGAAAUCUCCCAAACACAUGUGGGAAAAUGUCUUUUGGUCUGAUGAAACCAAAGUUGAGCUUUUUGGGCAUCAUUGCAAAAGGUAUAUUUGACACAAAAUCAACACUGCUCAUCACCAAAAUAACACCAUACCCACAGUGAAGCAUGGCCAUGGCAGCAUCAUGUUUUGGGGCUGUUUUUCUUCAGCUGGAACUGGUGCCUUAGUCAAAGUGUAGGGAAUCAUGAACAGUUCCAAAUACCAGUCAGUGUUGGCACAAAACCUUCAGCCUUCUGUGAGAAAGCUGAAGAUGAAGAGGAACUUCAUCUUACAGCACAACAAUGACCCAAAGCACACAUCUAAAUCAACAAAAGAAUGGCUUCACUGGAAUAAGAUUGAGACUUUGGAAUGGCCCAGCCAGAGCCCAGACCUGAAUCCCAUCGAACAUUUGUGGGGUGAUCUGAAGAGGGCUGUGCACAGGAGAUGCCCUCGCAAUCUGUCAGAUUUGGGGCGGUUUUGCAAAGAAGAGUGGGCAAAUAUUUCCACAUCAAGAUGUGCCACACUGAUAGACUCCUACCCAGAAAGACUGAGUGCUGUAAUAAAAGCCAAAGGUGCUGCAACAAAGUACUAGUUUAAGGGUGUGCAUAUUUAUGCAACCAGGUUAUUUUUUAUUUUACAUUUUUCCCGUUUGAAGGUUUCAGUUUGUUUUUUUUAAUUGCAUUGUACAGGUUAUAGGUCAUAAUAAAGGUGUAAAAUGUUGUAAAGUUAUUUAUCUUGCCGUCAUUUUCUUACAUCAUGAAAACCCGGCAUUUAAACGGGUGUGUAGACUUUUUACAUUCACUGUAAUUCAGUUAUUAUUUUCAACUUAUGCGUAACAUAGAAUAGCUUACCACUCUAGAGACCCUGAACUCACACCUGGAGCUCAAGUUGACAAACAAACAGAAAAACAAGUUUAACAGAACUGGAAAAACACAUUACUUUAUGAAUUCAGCAGCUUGUCAACAGACAAAACAGAGACAUUAACUUUGUUUGUGGUUUUUACCCAUAAACAUUAAAAGGAGAUCAAUGCAUUUAAACCUUGAAUGCUGCACAUUGAUAAACCAGAACAGUUGGCAAGUUGGUUUGUUUACAACGCACAGAGCUGAGUGUAAACAUUGACUGACAGAGCAGUUCCCUUGGUUCAGGAUCAUGAACAGCCCUGUGUUUAUUAUUGUUGAUCAGAAGUCUCAUUUAAAAACCGACAAACGUUCCAGUUAACCAGGCUGUCUUCCCUCAUUGUUUUUAUAACUUCUUAUUCUUGCUUUGCCGCUUUCAGAUUCCGGGUUUCUGUGUCGAUGGUUCCUACAUAUCUGGUAAGGUGAACUGCAACAUCAUCGUGGGCUACAAAUCGGUCUACCGCAUGUGCUUCGCCAUGGCCUGCUUCUUCUUCCUCUUCUCCAUCAUCAUGAUCCGAGUGCGCAGCAGCAAGGACCCCCGAGCUGCCAUCCAAAACGGGUUUGUACUGCAACACCACCUUGGAUAUUGUUCGUGACAUCAAGCUGCACUCUGGUGGCAAAACACAUGAAUUGCACCUUUUAACAAAAGAGUCCUCUGUACAAUUUGUCUUUUGUCUUCACAGAUUCUGGUUCUUUAAGUUCCUGGUUCUUGUUGGCAUAACUGUGGGAGCUUUCUUCAUCCCAGAUGGCGACUUCACUACAGGUUUGAAGCACACGCUGCAGUUUGUACCACUUGAACAUAUUCAUAGAACUCCUGAAAAUAAAAAAACAACAUAAGGAUCAGCAUCAAACAUCAUAUAGUGACUUCUGAGAGCAAAUAUCCUAAAUUCUCCUUUUUGUUUACAGUGUGGUACUACUUUGGCGUGGUGGGCUCUUUCAUCUUCAUCCUCAUCCAGCUGAUCCUGCUGAUAGACUUUGCCCACUCCUGGAACCAGUCCUGGCUGGAAAAGGCUGAGGAAGGAAAUACUAAGUGCUGGUUUGCAGGUAUCCUAUUGAAACAACAACAAAAAAAAACCCUUUAUGACCAAGUAGUACCCGAAAGACCCCAAGACCUCGCAUUGCAAGGCUGGAAACAGAGUCUCAAGAUGAUCUCAUAGUUGUUAAUUUUUCUUGAAGGAAACAAACAUGAAGAUUGAAGCCUGAAAAAUGUAGAAAAAAAAUAAAAAUCUGUAUUUCUCUGAUAAUCAUAAUGUUAGGAUUUACUACAAGCUUUUCGCUGGAGUUGCAAACAGUGGUCUCACGAGCUGAGCGAUUGCUGUCCAGAUAAAGUGAUAAAGUAGAAGUCAAAUAGUGUGUACAUUUAUUUUAAAUCACUUCAUGGCCAUUAUUUAUUUAUUUUUUGUUAUCAAAGCGGAUGAAAACUGAAGUAGUAUGGAGUGAAAGUAGAGUAAAAACAGGUAUUGAACAGCUAAAUCAGGUUCACUCAUCAAGUAUCUGAGUCAGAGACAGCCCUAAUAGAGUCACAGAAAUAGGGAUAUAUAAUCAGAAUGUCUUAUUUUAAUCAUGUCAUGUUAGAGAGAUUUUCCCUUUAUGAAACUGGUAAGUUAAUAAUGAUGAAUGAUUUUUUUCUCUUCAAUCUGUGUCUGGUGACUCCUCAUUCUUUGUUCUCUUCUCUCAGCUCUCCUUUUUGUGACCAUCUCUUGCUUCGCCCUGGCUUUUACCGCCGUCGUUCUCUUCUACGUGUAUUACACCCAGCCCGACGACUGCACUGAGCACAAAGUCUUCAUCAGCCUUAACUUCCUCUUCUGCAUCAUUGUGUCCGUUGUGGCUGUUCUGCCCAAAGUUCAGGUAACACUAAAAAGGACUGAUUUUCAUUAGACUGAAAUAACUAGUGAUUUAUUUAAUGGUGCUGUAUAACUUAAUUUGAUGCUCUACCUUCCUUUUUAUGUGUGUAAUUUUAACGCAACUAUGAAAAAUGUUGUUUUUCCGUUCCUCUUCUGACUCACCUCAUGUGUCGACAGGAGGCUCAGCCUAGCUCAGGUCUGCUCCAGGCCUCCAUCAUCUCCCUCUACACCAUGUACAUCACCUGGUCAGCCAUGACCAACAACCCCAGUAAGUCAGCUUAACUGGUCAAACUGAUUCUUCCUUUUUUAUACUCAUUUGUAUGUCACAGCCACCCCAUCGUAGUUACUUAAGCUGUAGUGAACAGGAGCUGUAGAAAAGAUGAUUGUGUUUUUGACCUCAGACAAGCAGUGCAACCCUAGCCUGUUGAGUUUGGUCCAGCCCAGCGCUCCAACCCCUCCUCCAGGGGUUCCCAAUCCCACCCUGGCCCCUGUAGGCGCUCAGUGGUGGGACGCACAGGGCAUUGUGGGACUGAUCAUCUUCUUGUUCUGUACUCUGUAUGCCAGGUACGUUACCAUUACUGUUGGUCUUCUAAACUGAAGUUGUUUGGAUUUUAAAUACCAGAAAACAGAUCCUGAUGCAGAUGUUUCUGAGGCUCAUGUAAACAUAGUUUGUAGAGAUAACUUCUCUUACUCUCACCCUCCACAGCAUCCGCUCCUCCAACAACUCCCAGGUGAACAAGCUGAUGCAGACCGAGGAAGGCCAGGGUCUGACCGCCGCCGAGGAGUCCACAGGAGACGACGGGGUCAGACGAGCUGUGGACAACGAGGAGGACGGAGUCACCUACAGCUACUCCUUCUUCCACUUCAGCCUCUUUCUGGCCUCGCUCUACAUCAUGAUGACCCUCACCAACUGGUACAAGUGAGUAUCCGCUCUCUGUUGCUCUCAGCUUCAAACACACCAGUUUUCGUUUUGUUACCCAUGCGUGACUCUGUUCUCGACUCGUCAGGCCUGAUACCGACUACAAGGCCAUGCGGACAACCAUGCCAGCGGUGUGGGUGAAGAUCUGCUCCAGCUGGAUUGGCUUGGGGCUCUACCUGUGGACUCUGGUGGCCCCACUGGUUCUCCCUGACCGAGACUUCAACUAGACACACAGUGAAGUCCAGCGUAUAAUUAUAUUGCUUACCUCUCUCUGUUUGCACCUUGAAGAAAGAUAGCUAAAGCUUUAAAUGAAGACACUGAAUCCGCUGACACAUGUACAAUCUCGAGUUGAAAAGAUAAAACAGUAAAACUUUGUUUUUUGAUAUGGAGCUGUGUAAGUUUCAGGUUGAGUUGCGUUUGCCAUUUUUUAUAAGGCAGGAUUAUUUCAGUUGAGCUUUAAUUGACGUUCAAGCUUUCCCAGCUCAGGUCACUUUGUCUGUUUUUUCCUUCACUGUUACAAAUAAGCACUAAAUCCCAGGACCAAAUGCAGUUUAAUUCAGGCAGUUCACAGUGUCUGCUUUUGUUGUUUGUACUUUGAUUUUGUUUGACUUUUACUUCUUAAUAAUUUGAGAUUGAACUUUUUCAUUGUUAUUGCACCGAUUGGUUUCAGUGCCCAGUUUUAUAUCCAAAGUGCCUUUUUAUGAUAGUUGCUUUUCAGGGGGGAUUAUUGAUACCUUUUGAAUAUUUUUGAGCUAUUCCCUUCGGUGUGUGAAGCUGAUUUUUCAUAAACUUUUAUAUAUAUAUUCCUAUUUCAAUCAAUAAAGAUGACAUCCUUAUUGUCUUGAAUCUGUGUGAAGGAAGCAUUUCAUCUUUUCUUUAUUUUUAAAUCAUUUUUUUCUUUUAUUUUCAAGGAGAAAAACACAACAACCCAUUACACUUCCAAACCCACAUGGUUGGUUCAGGAACCAUUCCCAGCAUUUAUUUAAAAAGAAUAGUUCAGAUGUAAAAAUGAGCAGUAUUUUGUAUCAAUAAAACAGUCCUUAUGCCUAGUUUUGAUCAUGCCAAACUGCACUAUACAUUAUUGAGAAGGUUCAGAGAGGAUCGUCCCAGUUCUUUUAAAAGUAUCUGGCAACCAUUAUCAGAGAUUUCCAGGGUUGAACUUCAUCCUGACCUCGCUUUAUCACUGUAGCCUUUCUAACCAACUUCUACAAAACUCCCUGUGUCCCUUCACAAGGUUUGGUAUCUAUGUCUAAUCAGACUUUAUAUUAUCCAUUUCCCUAUUAUCACACCAACUUCUUCAUACUGCUCUCCCAAAUAAAACCCCAAUC